UGCUCAUUUUUAAAUAACCUAAGCCUCACAUAUAAACAUAGUUUUAUAUAUUUUUCCAAUUCUCCUAUAACCUUUUUUUACAUAUUUUUGUCACUAGAAAAUAUUUAUUUGGAAAUAAUCACUUAAGAUGGAGAAGGUGAUGAGGUUGGCUACAGAAAAAGGUGUAGUGAUUUUCACAAAGAGUUCAUGUUGUCUAUGUUAUGCAGUGAAUGUUUUGUUUCAAGAAGUUGGAGUGUACCCUGUGGUUCAUGAAAUUGACAAAGAUCCUGAUUGUAAAGAAAUGGAGAAAGCUAUAAAAAGGUUAGGUUGUAAUGCACCUGUCCCUGCAGUAUUCAUUGGAGGAAGACUUGUAGGGUCUACUAAUGAAGUAAUGUCCCUCCACUUAAGUGGUUCACUCAUUCCACUAUUGAGGCCAUAUAGAAUGUAACUUAAUUUGAUUGAUCAGGUUCAGUUUGAUUAUUAGGAAGCCAUGCAAAUUACACGUUUGCUGCAUCUACCUUCAUUGGAAGAAUAAAUUAAUUACAUAUGCCUUAAUAUCAAUAUUUAAAGUACUAGUAUUAGUAGUAAGUGUAUUCAUUAUUAGUCUAUCCAAUGAUGUAUGAUUAAGUUUCUAGCAUUAAUUUGAUUAGAAAUAAUGUAAUCUGCUAAAUAUUCUUAGUAAUGAAGUUCCAUGUUGAUAUUUGUACAA